UGUUUUGUUUUUGAAACUCGCUUUUUGUUCAAGUGUAAACAAACAUCGCGCGAUUUAUUAUUAUGCAGGCAUGGCUGUCACUUUAAGAAACGGAAUUUGCAUGCCGUUAAUUGGAUUUGGUACGUUCAGAAUCAAAGGACGGGAAACCAUUUUAAAUUGCCUUGAAGUUGCAUUGAAAGCGGGAUACAGAUUAAUAGAUUCAGCUGUAAUUUAUCACAAUGAAGAAGAUAUUGGAUCAGCAUUAGAAGAGCUUUUACCAAAAUGCAAUUUAUUAAGAACUGAUCUCUUUCUAACAUCUAAGCUUUCUCCUCGAAAUCAAGGAUACCAGCCAUGUAUUGAAUCAGUUAAAAAGUCCCUUGGAUUUCUGAAGACUGACUACUUGGACUUGUAUUUGAUUCACUGGCCUGGGACUGGAGGAAAGAAAGUAGAUAAUGUUGUUAACAUCCAAAUGAGACAAGAGAGCUGGCGAGCACUGGAGGACUGUUAUGACAAAGGACUUAUUAAGGCUAUUGGGGUAUCAAACUAUUGUUUGAAACAUCUAGAAGAGAUGAAAUCAUAUGCUCGAACAUUACCACAUGUCUUGCAGGUUGAACACCAUCCUCACUAUGUCCAAUCUGAACUUGUGGAAUAUUGUAUUCAGCACAAAAUUCAUUAUCAGGCCUACUCAUCUCUGGGGACUACAAUUGAAGGCAAAUGCAAUCCACUGUUAAAUGAUGAAGUGGUGCAAGAUGUUGCCAAAAUUUAUAAGAAAUCACCUGCUCAGAUACUCUUAAGAUGGGCAACUCAGCAAGGAAUAGGUGUUUUACCUAAAUCACUUGACCCCAUUCACAUCAAAGAAAACCUGGAACUGGACUUUGUCAUGGACGAUAAGGAUAUUAGCAGAUUGAAUGCCUUAGAUACACGAUGCAAAUACGCUUGGGACCCAAGCAUCGUUAUCUAAUAUUCUUAUACUAUUUUCUAUGAUUUGCUGUAUUUGUCAUUUGGGAAUAGAACACGGAAAUUUACGACGUUUAAACAA